UUUCAUAUAGAGGGCAGGCUACGUUUUCCCACAGUGUGUUUAACAGCACAGCGUUUGACAGCCGGGGUUUAGGAGGACGCACAAUGACGGAAACCAACAGUGUCCAGCUCAAAAAUGUAUCCCUCAGCAGAGGAAAUGGCACGGACAACCAGGCUUUUGAAAUAGAGGAGGACAACACUUACGAUACUACUAUCAGUGAGGAAAGGCAGACUGAGAAGACUAAAAAAGGAUUGGGAUCAUACUUGAGCAAAGUGUCCAAGCCGAUUAAUGCGACAGAGGAUUACAUCAAGGCUCACUCACAAACCUUCAAAUAUGUUGUGCUGGGUGUACUCGGAGCAGGUUAUGUGGCGUACUUCAUCGCAGCCUGUGUAUUGAAUUUCCAGAGGGCCGUCGCUCUUGUGGUCCUAACCAGUUUAGCUAUUUUUGCUAAAUCGUAUGAGCUUUUGAAGAAGUACAAAGGAGAAAGCAUCAGUCAGUGUUUCAGACCUGCAGUUAGAUGCUUUAAAUCUAACUUAAAUUGGCUGAAAUGGGUUUUCAUCGUAGCAGCUGUGGUCCUGUUGGUUCUGUGGCUCGCCUUAGACACCAGCCAGCGUCCCGAGCAGCUCAUCUCAUUCGGGGGGGUGUGCAUGUUCGUUGUGCUUGUCUUCCUCCUGUCAGCACACAGGACAGCGGUAAGAUGGAGGCCUGUGUUCUGGGGUCUUGGAUUGCAGUUCUGUAUUGGACUUUUUGUUAUAAGAACACAGCCUGGACUCAUAGCGUUCCAAUGGCUUGGGAAACAAGUGCAGAUAUUUCUCGACUACACCAAAGAAGGGUCAAGUUUUGUUUUUGGAGAUCUGAUCAACAACAUUUUUGCCUUUCAAGCUCUGCCCAUUGUCGUGUUCUUCAGUAGCGUGAUGUCAGUCCUUUACUUUUUGGGGUUAAUGCAGUGGCUCAUUCUGAAGAUCUCAUGGGUUAUGCAGAUAACGAUGGGAACCUCUCCCACAGAGACCUUGAGUGUGGCAGGCAAUAUAUUUGUUGGGCAGACUGAAGCUCCGCUGCUGAUCCGCCCUUAUUUGAAGGACAUGACCAAAUCUGAGAUCCACGCUGUAAUGACUGGCGGAUUUGCCACAAUUGCAGGCAGUGUCAUGGGGGCAUUCAUCUCAUUUGGGAUUGAUGCAUCUUCCCUGAUAUCAGCCUCAGUAAUGGCUGCUCCUUGUGCCUUGGCCAUCUCCAAACUUUCUUACCCAGAGACAGAGGAGAGUCCCUUCAAGUCAAAGAAGAAUGUUAAAGUGUCUUGUGGAGAUGAACAAAACAUUUUGGAGGCUGCUAGCAGUGGAGCAUCUGCUUCAAUAGGUCUAGUUGCUAAUAUAGCAGCUAACUUGAUCGCCUUUCUUGCCAUUCUCGGGUUCAUCAACAAAGCUUUGAGUUGGCUUGGCGGUAUGGUGGGAUAUCCUGCGAUCACAUUCCAGAUGAUUUGCUCUUAUGUAUUCAUGCCUGUGGCCUUUAUGAUGGGAAUACCGUAUGAUGAGAGUUUCACUGUGGCCGAACUAAUCGGCACAAAGCUCUUCCUCAAUGAGUUUGUGGCUUAUCAAAAACUAUCUGCACUGAAGGACAACAGACUCAGUGGACUUGCUGAGAUUAUUGGAGGCGAACGACAAUGGAUAUCUGUCCGAUCAGAAAUUAUCACCACUUUUGCUCUUUGUGGGUUUGCCAACUUCAGCUCACUGGGUAUCAUGAUCGGAGGCCUGGCCUCUAUAUGCCCAUCCAGAAGAGGUGACGUCUCGUCUAUGGUGCUAAGAGCUAUGAUCACCGGGACUGUUGUGUCUCUUGUCAAUGCUUCUCUUGCAGGGAUCCUCUUCGUUCCUCCACUUGAGUGUGUGAAUCUGUUCAGGUCAUCGGCUUUCAACGCCACAGAUGCAAAUAUACAAACAUGCUGUCAAGACCUCUUUGAAAGCACUGUAAACAAUGGGACCAUCUCAUUCAAAGGAUCGUGGAGCAAUGUAGCAAACGUCACCUUGUUUUUCUCUAAAUGUUGUGAGUGCUGUGGACUUUCUGAUGUGCCAGUUUGUUUUUAGAGGAGAAAACUACUCGCCAACGUCUGUCUUUUUUAUACUGUAGCUCAUUUACGGGGUCUCUCCGUGUUUGUAUAUUUGUGUCACAGUUAAUGUAAAGAUGUAAAGUCUAUAUGCAUAUCUUUGAAAGAUGAAUGCAUCUUUUAAUUUAUUAUAUUGUAAAUUAAUGCUGCUUUUAUUUAAAGCCAAGGAAUAAAAGGACACAUUUUAAAGGAAUAAUUCAACCACAGAAUGACUACAUAUGAAUCAGUUAGUCAUGCUGCGUUACCUUGAAUUCGUGAAGAAAACUUUUUUUUUCUUGCAUGCCUUGUCUCUUGUCAUGGUAACGACUAAUUGAUUUACAAAUGGUCACUUUGUGGGUGUAGUAUUUCUUUAAGGAGUAUACCUCAGGAAAUAUUCUGGCAUCAGCAUUUUGAUUAAUGUAAAUAUUUCAAAUACAAUUAAGUGACUCGGUUAUUUCAUAAUGUUGAUAAUUAUGGAAACAGUUGUACUUUUUGAAAAAAUAAAAGAAAAUGUGAACUAUGCUUGGACACAAA